AUGUUGUUCGCUUCUUCAAGCGAUGCUGGAGACAUCAAGGCCUUGAUCAAGGCAGAAACCGAGCUACUUCUCAUCAUCUUUAUCCAUGGCUUCAAAGGAACGGACGAAACCUUCGCAGAGUUCCCCAAGAGACUCGAGCACAUUAUUUCCGAGACGGUGUCUAACAUUACCGUGGAAUGCCUCAUCUUUCCAGCUUAUGAGACGAAAGGCGACCUAGACAAAGCAGUUGUCCGGUUUGCUGACUGGCUGACGACACUGAUUGUUGAACGCGAAGUUGCGUCGGGCCUUGGAGCAGGAAAGACGAAGAUUGUGCUUUGCGGACACAGUAUGGGCGGCCUUCUUGCAGCAGAUUCUCUGCGUGAAUUCGUCCAUACACGGCCAGAUAAAACGGGUCCACUGUGGCCAAAGAUAAUUGCAUUGAUUGCGUAUGAUACUCCAUACUACGGUCUUCACCCGUUUGUUGUCAAGAACAGUGUUACCAAAGUGACAGAGUAUGCCAACGCUGCGACGACGAUUGGAUCUGCAGUCCUCGGUUCCUUUGCGGCGUUUGGCGCGAAAAAGGCUACCCAACCUGUGCCACAACCAAAUGCAACAGCCAAUCAGUCUCCGUGGAGUAGGUGGGCUGGCCCAGCUGCGUAUGCAGUGGGAGGUGCCCUUCUGGCAGGAGCUGCCGCAGGUGGCGCGUAUUACAAGAAAGAUGAGCUCACACAAGGGCUAGGUUGGGCAACAGAUCAUUUGAAGUACGUUGGAAAUCUGUGGGAUGAGCCAGAGCUGGAGAAGAGAGUCGAAGCAUUGGUCGACAUUGAGAAAGAACACGGCGUCGUAUUCCGAAUUCUGCCGCCCAAAUUACCCGAGUUUUUGACUACUAGAACGUUCAUUGUGCUUCCCAAGUACGGCAGCCGUGCAAAGGACAGCUUCCUGCCAGCAAACAACGGCAUUGCAGCCAAUGAAAUUGAGGGUCAUACUGGCAUGUUUUCAGCGGCCACGAACGAUGGUUAUUACCAACUGGGCCUCACGAGUGCGCAAAUAAUCCGAGAUGCGAUCCAAACUAGUCGAGGAAUCGUCGGACCGAGGCCCUCCUCGCCUAUAAAGAAAGCACGAAGGCGGACGCGGUCGCCAGUUGAGGAGAAAGGGGAGAGUGAAAAUCUAAUAGAUCUAUAG